CUUGACUGGUUGAUUCAAAUGAGUUUAUUUGCAAAGAAACUUAACAGAUCUUAACUUAACUCUCUAUACUCUCUUGUUUCACCCAUUUUGGCAGUAGAUUUCACUUUAAUCUCCACAGGAAACGGGUGGGUCAAGAUGUCAUGUGAUUCUCUUUCAGUACUUCCUCUUAUUAGCAUCUCGUCAAAAACAUCACAUGCUGGGGCAGCAGCAUCUCUACUGCAGACAAGAAGAGACUGGAUAAAAUCAUUAAGAAGGCCAGCUCCGUCCCAGUGAGUCCCUUCGACCCAGCGCAGGGGGUGGGGGAAAGGGCGGUGACAGCCAAGCUAAUUUCUCUGCUGAAGAACAACUGUCCACAAGCUACCCGGAAGUGUGCUUUUAUUGUGACAGCGCGGUACGGAAGUGGCGCCGUGGUGAAGCUCAGAGGAUGAGAGUCAGCUGAGAAGGAGACAUCAUGUCAGCGUACAGCAGAGAGAUCCUGCUAGCCACCAGCGUCCUGUGCGGCAGCUCCGGAGCUAUGAACCCGCUCCAGCUCUACCGGAAGCUGCUGCAGCGCUGCAGCAUCACCGAAGAAGAGUUCUGGCGCAUCAUCCUGCGGUGCCCCCGCUUCCAGCUGGUCCGCGGCCCAGCGGAGGGCGGCGCGGAGCGCCUGGAGGACUGCUCGGUGGUCGCCAGAACGUCGCUGCGGCUGUGCAGCCGAUACGGCCGUGAGGAGUGCAGCGGUUUCGAGCAGGAGGAGGGCGGGGAGUGUCAACAGCUGCACCUCUGCAAGUUCUUUGUCUACGGAAACUGCAGAUUUGGCAAGGGCAGGUUAGUCGAUCGCACGCACUCAGGUGUGUCAGGAAGGUUCAUCCCACUGAUCUCACGUUCAUUUCUCUCCACCUGCUCAGGAAACUGCUUGUUUUCUCUCCUCUGGCCUUCCGUAGUUGUGAAACAAUACCAGACGGACGCUUUAUUAAACGUGUUACUGAAUGGGGACUAUUUACUGUGUUCCCUCCGCCGCGGCCUGAUACAAACCUCCAGCAGCAGUGAAGAGAGAAGACGAAACUUAAGGAAACGAAGCGACGAUGCGCAGAAGUCGUGUAAAUUCUCCCACAACAUUCAUUCAGAUCACAACUAUCGAUUACUGAGAGAGUGUACGCUGCACGAGCUCCACGAAGACGACCUGUUUGUGCUGCUGCUGCAGAACGACCCCUCGCUGCUGCCUAAGGUCUGUUUGCACUACAACAAAGGCUCUGGCCCUCACGGCUACUGUACCUUCCAAGAGAGUUGUACCAAAGUCCACCUGUGUCAGCACUUUGUCCGCGGAGACUGCAUAUUUGGACCCAAGUGCAAGCGACAGCAUGCCAUCGACCAACAUGGCCGCCGCAUGUUGGAGGAGAGAGGACUGAGCGGAGGCGUCAUCCAAGAGCUGCCCUUCAUCUACAGGAACAUCCACCACCUGACUGCUGGCUGCACAGAGAAUCUGCCUGAGUCUUUGUGCAAACCACAGACAGAUGACAGGAACAUCUGUCUGCACUCCAUCCGAGGCAGCUGCAAGUUCCAGAACGAGUGUCGCCAUGUUCACUUCCACCUGCCCUACAAGUGGGAGGUGUUUGAUGGCAUCACCUGGACAGACCUGCCACACAUGGAGGACAUCGAGCGAGAUUUCUGUGACCCUUCAAAGACUCAGAGCUGUGGCGAUGAGCCUGUCGACUUCCUGACCAUGAGUCGGGAAUUGCAGCCCAUUCGCCGACUCUCCACAGUUUCCUCUGUAACAAAGCCGCCCCACUACACCCUGACAACUCAGUGGCUGUGGUACUACAAGGGGGACCAGGGGAACUGGGUGGAGUACGGCCUGCCGGAUGAAAAGCAGCGCAGCACCUCAGUGUCGUCGCAGACUCUGGAGGAGGCGUUUCUGUCCGGCAGUACAGCUGAAGUCAAAGUGAUGAAGGGCCAAAGACAGUACAUCAUCAGCUUCAAAGACAUGUACCAGAGGAACCCCAAACACAACACCAAGAGACGAGUUCGUCGUCGUCCGUGCUUCGUCUCCAUGGCUGAGGUGGAGAAACAGGCCGUGACCUGAUGGUGUGUGUCCACACUGGGCCUGAAUGAGUGCCUUAUCUUGGUUUUAAUACGUGAAAUUUUCAAUUUUAAAGCUUCUUUCACUUCACUGUUUCCCUCAGUUCACUUCUCUGACUGUCCUCCUUCACUGCAGAUGUGGACGGGUCUGUUACUGUAGUCAGUCCUCCACUUUGCCUCAGAGUAAACACUGGUGGAUUGUCUCGCAAGACUUUGACAUGUUCUUCAGAACCACAGUAAAGUUUAUUGCCAAGUACGUUUUCACACACAGGAGUUUGCUGUGGGGUUGAUGGAACCAAAUAUUGCAAGCCCCAAAGCAUUAACAGAAAACAAAACAGUGACAAUAACAUGAAAACAACAAUAAAAACUGAGAAACACUGUGUUCAGUGUGACCACC